UAAUAAUGGCUCAUACAAUCUACUUCUUAAUUUUGAUGCACGCAUGCACCUUUGUAGUUGUUACAAGCAUUAGGAAUGUCUCAAUGACACCCAAGUUCUCAUCUAUUCUAGUCUUUGGGGAUUCAACAGUAGACACAGGGAAUAACAACUACAUCAAUACCUUAGCCAAGGGAAAUCAUUUACCCUAUGGUAAGGAUUUCCCUGGUCACGUGCCUACCGGUAGAUUUUCUAAUGGGAAAUUGGUUCCUGACUUUAUUGCCUCUAUGUUGAACCUUAAAGACACUGUCCCUCCUAUCUUUGAUCCAAACCUAUCAGAUGAAGAACUUCUCACAGGUGUUAGCUUCGCAUCUGGCGGAUCAGGUUUUGAUGAUUUGACUACGGCUUUAUCUGGUGCCAUAGCAAUGUCCAAGCAAAUUAAAUACUUUAAAGUUUAUGUAGAAAGGAUCAAGAACAUUGCAGGGGAAAAUGAAGCUAAUCGAAUACUUGGAAAUGCGCUGAUUAUUAUUAGUGCAGGAACUAAUGACUUUCUCUUCAACUUUUAUGACAUUCCUACUAGGAAAUCGGAGUUCAACAUUGAUGGAUACCAAGAUUAUGUGCAGAAUCGGCUUCAAAUCUUCGUUAAGGAACUAUACGACCUUGGAUGCAGAAAAUUUGCUGUUACUGGGCUUCCUUCCAUUGGUUGCAUACCCAUUCAAAUAACAGCGAAGUUUGAAAGCUUAAAGGAACGGAAAUGUGUAGAGGAUGAGAAUUCAGAUGCGAAGCUCUACAAUCAAAAAUUAGCAUCGCGAUUGCUUAAAAUACAAGCAAUGCUUCCAGGAAGCAGAGUUGUUUAUACAAAUGUAUAUGACCCAUUGAUCAACCUUAUCAAUCAACCGGAAAAAUAUGGCUUCAAGGAAACAAGUAAAGGGUGUUGUGGAACUGGCUUAUUUGAAGUAACUCCACUGUGUAAUGAAAUCACACCAAUAUGUGGUGACCCUUCAAAAUAUGUAUUUUGGGACAGUGUCCAUCCAACGGAAGUAGCCUACCAGUACAUUGCUAAAUACCUAGAAAUGAAUGUCCUGCCCAAGUUCCAAUUUCAUAUGGAUUAUAUUUCUUAAAUAUGGAGCUUAACACCCACCUCAUUUGUGUAUACUGAUAUUAUUUAUAUUUAUAUAAAA